AUGAAGUCAAAGGCGGCGGACGGCUGUUCCUCGGAAGCCAGUGAUGCAUUCGGCAUCACCCGAGGGGAGCUUGUCAAUUUGAUGAGUCUGCGUGGCCCGCAAGGCCUGUGCGCUUUGGAGAAACUCGGAGGUAUUGAAGCUCUUCACUGCAUGCUUGACAGUCCGGCAUCAUGCGGAAUCAUUGGCGACCCUUGCGACAUUUUUCGGCGACAAUUGUACUUCGGCAAGAAUGAUGUGCCGCGAGAAAAGCCCAAGAAUUUCUGCCGACUGAUCCUCCAAGCACUGUGCAACAUUUUCUUCAUUCUUCUGCUACUCCUGGGUAUCAUUUCUCUGAUACUAGGACUUUACUUGGCUUGGGGACUCCAGCAAUUCAAUAUCGGCUGUAUCGCAGUUAUGCUGGGAUUAGGCUUAAUCUUAUCUGUGUUGAUGGCUGCGAUAAUGUUGGCUUUGCUGAACCGGUUCAAGGAGAACAAGUUUCACAGGCUCCAGUGCUUGAUAGAUAUGCAGUAUCAUUCGGUCGUCAUUAGAAACGGAGCCAAGCAUGAGGUGGAGAGCAGGCACGUUGUUGUGGGUGAUUUAUUCUACGUGUCCUAUGGCAUGAUUUUGCCUGCCGAUGGGAUCCUCGUAGAAGGAAACGAUCUGGAAAUCGACGAAUCGUGUUUGACUGGAGAAAGUCGUUGUGCAAGAAAGUGUCCUGGGCAAGAUGUUAUGGCAUAUGCUGGUACUGCGGUGAUCCAAGGGAAUGGUGUUAUCUUGGCAACUGCAGUCGGAGAAUGCACUCAGUCUGGAGCCAUUAUGCAGUUCAUGCAAAGAGGAAGACGCAGUUUUUGUGGCAGGAGAAAACGGAAUCCGGAUGCGGAGUGUGGUGUUGAGCCUUGCGUGAAAGACCAUAUCUAUUUCGAUUAUGACGAAGGACAAAGCUUGCUGCAGAGGAAGCUUCACAGACUUGCAGUUAUCAUCGGCAUUAUUGGCUUGAUCGUGGCAUUGUUCGUGGUUAUCUUCCUCAUCGUUGUCCUUGCCGUGUAUCGAAGCUUGACGAAAACAGCCUGGUCAAUUGCGGACGGUGUGCGAAUAUUGUACUACAUAGCAUUAGGACUCGCCAUUUUGGUGAUGGCUAUUCCUGAGGGACUUCCUCUGGUUGUGACUUUGGCUGUAGCCUUUGCCGUUUGUAAAAUGGCUAAGGACGGUGUUCUCGUGCGGAAUCUACACAGUGUCGAAACCGUGGGGAAUGUUUCGACUCUGUUUAUUGACAAAACGGGAGUUCUCACGACAAAUCGGAUGAACGUUGUUGGCAUGUAUAUACAGGGUUGCUAUUACAACACGCUCAGUCAAGUGGAUAUAUCCCCGAAAACGCUGAAGAUGCUGUGCAAAGGAAUAGCUGUGAAUUCCUCGUACAAUUCCACGUUGGUUGUGUCAUGUAAUGCGAAUGCGUCUAUGCUCAUGACUGGGAAUCGAACUGAAUGCGCAUUGCUCGGACUUGUCCAUCGCCUUGGGGUUGAUUAUCAGGAAAUCCGGGAUCAGCAUCCGGAAUGUGGAUUUGCCUUCGUGUAUCCCUUUACUCAGGAAAGCAAAAUGAUGACUACAAUUCUUCCGACGAGCUGGGACGGCUUCAGAUUGUUUUCGAAAGGUAGUCCGGAAUUCAUUUUACCCAGGACAAGUUUUGUGAUGAUGGGCGAUGGCGAAGAGCAGCCGUUUGAUGAAACUGUGAGAUGUUCAGUGAAUGAUGUUUUGCGGAACAUGGCUUGCAAUGGACUCAGGACCAUAGCGCUUGCCACAAGGAAGUUCGAUGCGUGCAGGGAUUGGAGUGACGAAUGCAAAACCAUUCGGCAUCUCACGUUGGUUGCAAUUGUCUCUAUAGAGGAUCCUUUACGAUGUGAAGUGAUAGCUUGUGCGAAAGCCUUGGACUGCGCCGGCGUCAAGCUGAAACUUAUGACUGGGGAAAACCUCCUUGCUGCCCAAACGGUUGCUCAUCGUGCGGGUAUUUACGACCCUUCGGAUCCUAACCAGCUGGCUGUUUCUUGCAAGGAUUGGAACCAGGCCUUGUGUCAUAAAAGUUCUGGAAAUUUGGACAUGGACGCACUCGCAGCGGCAGCACCACGAUUGCAAGUCCUUGCUCGAUGCACCCCUACGGAAAAGUUCAAGCUUCUCCGAGGACUCAUUCACUUGGAAGAAGAAGGUUGUGGCGGCGGAGAAAUCAUUGGUGUGACUGGGGAAAGUGUUCACGACGCCCCUUCUCUGAAAUGCGCCGACGUUGGAUUCGCUCUCUCAACCGGCACUGACGUGGCCAAGGAAGCUGCGGACAUCAUUUUGUUGGACGAUGGGCUCUGUGGGAUCCAACGGGCUGUUGCUUGGGGAAGAAUGGUGUAUGACAACGUUUCGAAGUUCCUGCAGUUCCAGUUGACUGUCAACAUUGUUGCGUUGCUUGUGAUCUUGGUGUCGGUGAUAAUCGCGAAUUGGUCGCCGUUUACGCCGAUGCAGUUGCUCUGGAUCAACGUGUUCAUGGAUAUUCUCGCUGCUGUUGCCUUGGCUAGUGAUACUCCCUCAGAAAAGAUUCUAUGCCGACGACCGUAUAAGAGGAACAGAAGCGUCUUGUCGCGGAUCAUGAAAGUCAACAUCUUCGGGCAGGUCUUAUUUCAAACGCUGGUGUUGCUGAUGUUCUUGUUUUUCGGCUAUAAGCUCCUCGGCCCACUUUCAAUGCCUGGAGAAGCUGUAUUCCAUGAAGCACCUGCCGAAGGAUCUCCUCAAAAGAGAUCGGCUGACGAGGCAAUGGCGGAGUUUCCUACGGGGUCUAUUUACGGUGCUUCGAUUGGGUAUCCGUUUCGCGAAGAGAAUUUCCCGAAUAAAAGAGAGCCGGUGCCGUUGGAAACUCUUCAAAUGGCACGACAGGCUUCCAGUGCAUCGACUACUCCAGAAGGCUGGAUUACAUUUUGGCACGGGAUGGGUGUGAAUCCAAUGAAAUAUGGUUGCAUUCCUGCGACGUGGUAUUCGCAGUGCAUGACGUUUAUCUUCAACCUAUUCGUCAUCAUGUCCCUCUUCAACCUGAUCAAUAGCAGGAAAAUCCACGCGGAACGCAAUAAGUUCUCGGGGCUUGGCCGAAAUAUCUUGUUUGUUUGGAUUUGGUUCUUAAUACUGAUCAUUCAAGCUAUGAUUGUGGAGUUCGGCUGGGAUUUGUUUGGAACCCGGCCACUCAACUGGACACUUUGGUUCAUCUCGUUUUUUUUUGGGUUCCUUGUACUGUUGUGGCAGCAGAUUUUGGAUACCAUUGUCAGGGUUUCAAGUUGUUACGAUUCAGAUGAAGCUUAUCAUUUGGGUCUCAGGUGCUGCGGUGAGUUGCCGCCCGAGGACUACGCGAGUUGCUACACGUCGGGUACGUCGAGUCCGUCGUGCGAUAAGGGUCGGUCGAACAAAACGGCGUCCAAUUCGGAUCGUUGUUCUUGCACGCCGAAAUCUUCUGGUGCCUGUGGUUGUUCGAAGAAACGCCCAUCAUGUCCGGAUUCCACUGCGGACCCGUGUCCGCCGCCGUGUCCUCCGCCAUGUCCGCCUCCGUGUCCCCCACCGUGUCCGCCGCCGCCGUGUCCACGAAAGUGUCCACCUCCGUGUCCUCCUCCUUGUCCACCGCCUUGCCCACCACCUUGUCCACCUCCUUGUCCACCGCCACCGUGUCCAAGAAAAUGUCCGCCGCCGUGUCCCCCUCCGUGUCCGCCGCCGUGUCCGCCACCUUGUCCGCCACCUUGUCCGCCGCCGUGUCCGAAGCCCUGUGAUAGUCCGUCGUUGCCAUGCAAAGCCCCGGAACCCGAUUGUUGUCCGCCUUCGCCGCCGUGUCCUCCGCCGUGUCCUCCACCGUGUCCUCCACCUUGCCCGCCGCCUUGUCCGCCGAAAUGUAAGGAGAGUCCGUUGACUCGGCCGACGCCUCCUGCCUCGUGUUGCUCGAAGAAGACUUCCCGGAAAAGCAGUGCGUCGAAGAAAUCUAAGGAGAAGUGUGGUGAAAGUAAAAGUUGUUCCCGGAAGAGCAAGUCCCGCUCGUCGACACGCAGCAAGCGUCACGAUUCUUUAGGUCCCGAAGAAGGCAAUGAUAACCCAACUACGACACUGGAACCUUCGCAAGAUGGCGGUGAUCCUGUCAAAGAAAAGCCUUCGAGCGAAUCGCGUGGAGAAAAGCGGUUGGACGAUGAAGCGGAAGGUAAUGCUGAUGCCGAGUGCAACGAGGAGAAGCCGCGAUCAGCGGCGUCAUCUAGAAGCGAAGCUGGGGAAGAUAUCGCGGAUGGGGCCUCACGUGUCAAACGAUCUGAACGGCGUCGGUCUCGGCGCCACAAAUCAAAGUAA